UGGCUAGUGGAAUUAUCUAUCAACCUGAUUUCCUGACACGAGGAGGAUUCAUUCCUGACAUACAACCCUCCCUUUACAGUAUCCUUUUACACUAUCCACAUUCUUAUCUAUUAAAGUUGCAAUUAUUAAGUUAUUAUUUAAUAAUGACUGUUAUGUUUUAAUUAUACCAUUAAUGUAAUUUUUAUUUUUAGGUUUAUAACUUUAAUUAUAAUUGCAACUUUUUCUGUUUUCUAUAAUUAAUUUUACUAUUCCUUAGAAACAUUUAACACUGGAUUUAUUUAAUUAAUGAUUAAUUAUUUAUUUGAAAUAUUAAUACUAAAAAAAGAUAAUUAAUCACUAAUCAAAUAAAUCAAUGUUAAAUGUCUUUAAGAAGUCUAAGAGAUUCUCUAAUAAAUAUACCGUAUUAGAGGUAGCCAUAUUGAAUAUUAGUUUGCUACGUAUGUUCGCCCAGGUGGCGUUCAAAACACUAUUCCAAGGCAAACUCGGAGAGUUGCUAAUCUAUUUGCUUGGAUAAUCUGUGUUGUCCGUGCGAGAUAUUAUGUAACGCGACCGAGACGCGUUUUCCAAUGUUAAACACGAUAAAUCGUGAUGCCGUGGAUUCCUGAAGAUCGAUCAAGAAUCCACAAUCCAAAUGAAAAGUAGAAGACAAAGAGGAGAAGUAGGAGAAUGCUGAAUGCGAGAGCGAGACACGUGGGGCAGAAUUUACAUUGCCGGUGCAUCAGGCGCAUGUCACUCGGCCGGUCGCGUUAUCCAGCGUUAUCAUCGUCGUACAUAGCUGCGUCAAUGACACGUCACAACCAGUCAUCGGUUAAGACUGCGGAGUUGCUCGCGUUGAAAGCUGCAAGUCCCUCGUGUAAUAUGAUGGAGAUUAAGCCUCCGUGGUACGUGGACAAUCGCUCGUAUCGUUGCGCAGCUCAUGCAUGAUUUCCAAAUGUUCGUGCAUCUUCAAGUAGUUCACAGAUAUCUCUCCAACGAGCGCAGCCAAUAAUCAACAAGGAUAACCGAUAACAAUGGCGAUCGGCGAGGAGGUCGGCGAUGGGGACAUCGGCUUUGGUCUGGAAAGCAACGCCGCCGGGUCGAUCCGAACGAUCGAUCGCACAGCCGUGGAUGAUCCAAUCGGCACGUCGGGCCACGUUCAGCGUCGUCAGGCCGACCUCGACAGUUCCGAUUCGGGUGAGGGCAAUCCCCUUCUGGCCGAGAGCGCGGCAGUAACUAUUGACGCGCCGAUCGGGAAGCUCAAGAGAAUGCACAAAGUGGAGAACGCGGUGGCGGCGCAGACGGAUGGUGGCGCGAUGUGCCGGAAAAGAGACCUUGACGACGACGAGGACCACGCGAGCGAGCCGGCGAGCGCGGUCGUCGAGCCGCCCGACGGCGGCCUCCGGGCCUGGAUGAUCAUGAUCGGCAGCUUCACGAUCAACGGCGUACUCUUCAGCAUCAUCAACACGUAUUCCCUCAUCUAUCCGGAGCUGCAGAAGCGACUGACAGAGGCCGGUGAGACCGAGGUCUCCUCCAAAGCAGGUGCGAAAUCUUUCUGGCGCGCGAUGUUAACUUCUGAUAAUACAUGACCAUUGAUUUUUCUCUUUAAUCUUGUAAGAAAAAAUUACUUAUGCUGUAUACUUUAUCGAUUUAAUAUUCUCGUCAUAAUAUUUUAGAGAACAAAAAAUUUAUUCGCGAUAUUAGCUUAAAACAGUGACGAUAAUAUUACGAUAUAAUCGUUUGAUUACAACGUUGCACUUUUAUAAUACGAACAUUAAUCAAGUUUCGAUCGAAGAAAUUUCUCCGAGUCUGAAUUAUAAAGAAGUGAUAUAAAUAUACGUAUACCUUACAUACAUACAUUCGCGCGCCGUUUUGAAAAACCAAGUACUGAAUUUGCUGAUUUAUAGGUAGGGAAUGCUGACAAGUGUCCCCGGAAAGAUUAAAUAAAGAAUUUACUAAGA